UUUUUCAAUCGCAACUUUUCGGCACUUUAAAACAAUUUUGGAUAUUACUAUUGAUAAUCUGUGUGGUGUUCCGAGUGAAAUGUUUUGUAAAAAUGAACUAUUGGAAAAACUAACAAUUCUGAAAUCGACAGUAUUUUCAGAUAAGUUUUUUUCAGUUUCUCUUUGAAUUUCGCAUUCAUAAAUUGUUUUAUUAUUCAUCAAUAACAUUCAUUCAACUGAGAUAGACAAGGGAACAUUAUUGACAUUAUAAGAAUGAGCAGUGACGAGUAGUUUGACAGAUAUGAGGAAAGCACAGAAUAUGAGGGAUUAAGUUUUAGAUGUUCAAACAUCACCGGAAUGUCUGAAGCACUCACAAACAGUUAGGAACCAGAAUCAAGCUUUAGUUACAUAACCGAUAUGCCUGAAGCAUUUACAGAAAGUGGAGAAUGUGAUGAUGAGAUUACGUUAGUGUUUGAUAACAGCAACAAACUUUAUGUUUCGAAAAACUUUCUACGAUACGCCUCGCCUGUUUUCAAGGCAAUGUUUGAUCAUAACUGGCAGGAGAAGAAGGAAAACUGCGUAUCACUGACAGGGAAAAAUUUCGACGAUUUCCUCGAAUUUUUGCUUUGCAUUCACCCGAGAAUUUCAAAACCGAUUACAGAAACAAACGUCUUACAGAUCGUGAGCAUUGCUGACGAAUAUCAAGUGACGUCAGUCAUAAAUAAAUGCAAAGAAUAUAUGAUGAGAUGGUUACAAGCGUCAUUCGAUCAGGCGAGAGCAAAAGAUAAUCAUUAUCUCUACCAAGCAGUAUAUCUCAGACCCUGUCUCAGUAUAGUAGCAAAAGCACAUGAAUUAACCUUUAAUGAUGUAGUGAAGUUUGCAGUAAAAAUUAAGCGAAGUUUGGACAUAUUCUUUAUAAUGAGGGACAAAAAGACUUACAAAGAAUGUACGAUGUGGAUGAAAUUUUUCCUUCCGAUAAAACAGGAGAUGAAACUUUUGGUGAUAUAAAAAUGGACUGUAUGAAAAUGUUUCAAAAGCUUUCUUUCGAAAUUAAGUACAAAAUAGUAGCUGAACGAUUGCUUCAUUUAAAAGAUGAAACUAGCCUUAAAUACUAAAUGUAAAUGACAAAAAAUAAAACACUGAUAUUUGACACUGGCUAGAAUAAGUGUCAAAGCUGACAUUAUUGACAAAUAAAUAGUCAACGAAUAAAUAUAAA